AUGGCGACAACUCCCGCUGCUGCCUUUGAGGCCCUCAUGUCUGGAGUGACAAGCUGGGAUGUCCCCAAAGACCCCAUCCCCAGUGAACUCCUUCUGACUGGAGAGGCCGCCUUCCCAGUCAUGGUGAAUGACCAGGGCCAGGUCCUCAUUGCCGCCUCCUCCUAUGGUCAAGGCCGCCUUGUGGUUGUGUCCCACGAGGGCUACCUGCUGGAGGCUGGCUUGGCCCCAUUUCUUCUCAAUGCAGUGGGCUGGCUCUGUCCCUCACGUGGGGCUCCCAUUGGAGCGCACCCAUCCCUGGCAUCACUAGCCAGCAUCCUGCAGGGCUCUGGGGUUGAGGCCCAGGUUCAGCCAGAACCGGGAGAACCCCUGGGGGUUUACUGCAUCACUGCCUACGAUGACACCAUGACUGCAGAGCUGAUCCAGUUUGUGAAACGUGGAGGGGGCUUGCUCAUCGGGGGCCAGGCCUUGUACUGGGCCAGUCAGCACAGCAGUGACAAGGUGCUGUCCAAGGUCCCAGGGAACCAGGUGACCAGUGUGGUCGGAGUGUACUUCAUGGACAUCUUUGGGGACAGAGGCCAACUCAAGGUUUCUAAGAAGGUGCCCAAGGACCCUCUCCACGUCGGGUGA